AUGCAGAUGCUCAGCGAUUUUCUUGGGGUCAACUUCCCGUCUACAAAGGCUCGAGCUGGUCUCGCCAAUCGUGGAUCUUAUUUGGCCAUAUUACCAGACCUCGACGUCGAAAGCACUCCGAUGCUGAAUGCUGCGAUUAACGCACUGUGCUGGGCACACAUUGGUGCCAAAACAGGGGAUCAGCGACUCGUCCAGAGGUCACAGGCCUCCUAUGGUCAAGUCUUGUCGAUGUUGAUUACCACUGUCCACAAGAAUUCACGUCUUUCAUUAGUAGAACCGCGGGCUGUCAUUACGAGCAUGAUGCUAUUGUGUUUGUACGACGGCUCGAUACCUAUGCCUUCCGAUGGGGAGAACGGGUGGCGAGCCCACUACUGGGCAUGUCAGAAUCUGCUUGGGGCAUAUGGGCCAAGUUGUAUCAGAUUGCAUGAUCCUUUCGACAAAAUGCUCUUCAACUCCUUGCGAAUGCCAUGCUUCUUUCUCGGCGUGGCGAAACGCAAAGCGAUUGCAUUCGGACGACCCGAAUGGCUGCACCUCGCGCAAGACAUCAAUCCUGUGACGGACACGUUCACCAGCUACUACUCGGCCGCUAUGAGGAUACCGAGCAUAUUAGAAAGAGUCGAUCGGAUACUAGCAGUGCCGUUGGUGCCAACAGCCCUGAAAGGCCUAUGUCAAGACAUAUACGACCUUCGGCAGGACGUCACACAGUGGUUCACAAGCCUCGUCAAUUCCAGCAAGGAUCCUUCUUGGGAAAUUCCUGAACUGGUAGAUAUGACGGAAAGCACUCCGAUGCUGAACAACGAGGAGCACUUGUACAUGCAAAAGUCAAAGGUCUUCAACAAAUUCCUUCGAUUCGGCCUGCCGAUGAAGAUUGUCCAGAAUCAUACUUUGGCUGCUCUGGCCUACAUCGUUCUGGACUGCAGCCUCCUUCGGUUGCUACACUUCAAGGCAAUGACUGCUGUGUGUAUUCGACCAGAAACGAUCAAAGAUGUCGAGAAACGAGCUUUUAUACAAGCCGUGAGCCUUUGUCAGAGCCUAUAUCACUACACCUCAUUCGAUGGUCUGGCUUAUGUGGAUUUUAGCGAAUUCGUCAACGAUGUCGCGUUGAACUUCUUCCAGGAAGUUGGUGCUACCAAGGAAACGGACUGGUGUCGAGGAGUAGUCGGGUCCAAUCUUGCGAAAGAGGAGCACAGUGGCCUCUCCGCCAUCUCGGUGAUCUGGAUGGGAGCUACAGAGUACGGUCAAGCUUUGGAUGUCUUCUUCACGACAAAGUUCAGCUACGCAAUGGCACAUGUAGUCGACCGAUUGACAGCGAAUGUCAAAGAUUACACUCACUUCGGUAUAUCACGUCAAUGGCUGAGCGACGCCAAGCAACAUUGGGAGACCAAAUACGACUGGCGCAAAACUGAAGCUCGCAUCAACAGCUUCAACAAUUUCACUGUGCCAAUCGAGCACGAAGGCUUCACAUUCGACAUUCACUUCGUUGCGCUUUUCUCGCAGAAGAAAGAUGCCGUGCCAUUGUUGCUCUCCCAUGGUUGGCCAGGCUCUUUCUUGGAGUUCCUCGCGGCUCUGGAUAUGCUGAAGUCGAAGUAUAAGCCUGAGGAUUUGCCAUUCCACGUUAUCGUGCCUUCUUUGCCGGGCUAUGGAUACUCUUCUGGUCCACCAUUGGAUAAGAAUUGGACAACAGAGAAAAUGGCAGCGGUUUUAGAUAAGCUAAUGGUCGGUCUUGGCUUCGGCGAUGGCUAUAUUGCUCAAGGUGGCGAUAUUGGUAGCUUUAUUACCAGAGUCCUUGGCGUGACUUCUCCUUCUUGCAAGGCUGUGCAUCUGCAUCUUGCAAUCGGUCUUCAAGGUGAGACGGAAGGCUUGACGGAUGCUGAGAAGAAGGGUGUGCAACGUAUUACCGACUUUGCGACGUUGGGUAAUGCGUAUGCUCGAGAGCACGGAACUCGACCAGCGACCAUCGGUCUCUUCCAGCAAUGGACCGACGUGACGCCUCCGAUUGACGAGAUACUCGACGGAGCGACUCUAUACUGGUUCACGGAAUCGUUCCCUCGAGCCAUCUACCCAUACAGGCAGUUCUUCGGCGCGCAGCCGUCAUUUUUCCACAACGAUCCCGAGUACUAUAUCAAGAAGCCUCUCGGCUACUCGUGGCAUCCGGAAGAGCUCGCGCCUGUCCCACGAGACUGGGUGGCCACCAGUGGUAACCUGGUCUGGUAUCGUGCCCACAAGGAGGGAGGACAUUUCGCUGCCAUGGAAAGGGCGGAUCUAUUCGUCAAGGAUAGGGAGGAUUUCGUGGCUGAGGUCUGGCCGAAAGCCAAGUAA